AUGCACGUUCGACCUGCCCGGAGGACAGAUCUUGCAGACCUGGCCACCAUCGCCAGAGACGCCAUGUUCGAUGAUGAGUUGACCAUCUUUCUAGCCCCUAAUCGUCACCGACAUCCGGAAUGUCUUCGACAGGGAGUCCUCAGACGUGUAAAGAAGCGCUUCUACGACGGACAUCUCGUUCUUGCUGCCGUGUCGGAUGAGAAUGACGUGUGGUGGGACGGCAAGGAGAAGGUGGUUGGCUAUCUUUCUGCUAUCUCUACUAAGAAAAACGCAGACGAAGACAAGGAGAAGAAAUCCUGGCUGCCGUUCUCCUGGAAUGCACUCGAGCUUCAGCUCCUUCGUCUCGAGGACCUCUUCCAAUGGUAUGCUCACGCCGAUAGAUCACUGUCCCGAAAAGCCUGGCUACAAUUCGUCAACAGUCCUCUUGACACUAGACCAUUUGCAGACCUCAAAGAGUAUUGGCACGUGGACCAUCUGUCCGUCGACCCGGCUCAUCAGAGGAAAGGUAUCGGAUCCGCCAUGAUCAAGUACCUGCAGAACAUAGCAUCGGAGGACAACUUACCCAUAGCUCUUGUGGCAAGCCACAAAGGUAGGCCAAUGUACAAAAAGUCAGGUUUCGAGGAUCGUGGCCCUUGCCAGAUGGCAUGCCUCGUCAACGAAGCAAUGGCAUGGUUUCCCACUGCCCUGGCCACCUCGCGUUCACCCGGCGAGACGAAGGAUGCCUACUCUUGA